GAUGAACAUAAUUCUCAUUACUCUUUGAGGUUUCUUGGAAUGGCUGAAAAGUAUCAUAUUAUUGUUCUUUGCCUUCCUCCUUAUACUACUCAUAUGCUUCAACCAUGUGAUGUAAGAGUCUUUAGUCCUUUAUCCACCUUUUAUAAAAAGGAAGUAGUAGAAUUGGCAAGACAAAAUGUGUCAAUUGACAAGUAUAAUGUUAUUAAAACAUAUACUAAUGCUAGAGAGAAAGCUUUUACUCCUAGUACUGUCAAAGCUGCUUUCCUUAAAUGUGGAAUUCAUCCUUUCAAUCCUGAU